UUAAACGCAUGUUGUAAUGCAGCUUAGCUAUGUAGAGCUGCAGCUAUGGGCAUAACAAUGCGGCUGCGACGGCGUUGGCAACGGCGCAUGCGGCGCACUAUAGAGCAAAUUUAUCAGCUCAAGAUGCAAUUUAGAAGAAAAAUAACGUUGAUAGCAUUGCUUGCGGUGUGUGUAGUGCUGCUCUGGCUAACCGCACAGCAACUGCUGACGGACAGCGAAAAACACAACAGCGAGGAUGAUAGCUGUGCAGCAAUAGAUGUGGUGUACACCUGGGUCAACGGCACAGAUCCAGAGUUUAUAGCACAGAUUAAAAAAUACGAUCCCAGCUAUGACCCAGCCAGAUUUGAUGACAAAAAUGAGCUAAAGUACUCGCUGCGCUCGCUGGAGAAACACGCCAAUUGGAUAAGGCAUGUCUAUAUAGUGACCAAUGGUCAAAUACCAAGCUGGCUGGACUUGAACUAUGAGCGUGUGACAGUGGUGCCGCAUGAAGUGUUGGCGCCAGAUGAUACGAUGCUGCCCACAUUCUCCAGCGCCGCCAUAGAAACGUUUCUGCAUCGCAUACCUAAGCUAAGCAAGCGUUUCCUGUAUCUCAAUGAUGAUAUCUUUCUGGGCGCGCCACUUUAUCCGGAGGAUUUGUAUACGCAGGCGGAGGGCGUACGCGUGUAUCAGGCCUGGAUGGUGCCAGACUGCGCGCUAGACUGUCCCUGGACAUAUAUAGGCGACGGUGCUUGCGAUAAGCAUUGUAAUAUCGAUGCUUGUCAGUUUGAUGGAGGCGACUGCGUGGAUAAUGGCCUCAACCCAAUGGAGCAAGCGGAGCAGCCGCCCAAGUUUCGACAGCUGCAGCAGCUGUUCAAACACAGCUCCAGCAACUUUAAAGAGCUAAUGAAGCAUAAGAAUGUAUCCACAUUGCAGCAGCUGCGACACAUUGUAGAGCGCUUCAACAAGAACAAACUGGAGUCCUUGCAUCCCGAGCUGGACAGCAGCACGACAGCUGAGCCAGCUGUGCUUAAGGCGCAGUUUAAAUCAUCUACAGAUAUCUACUCGCACUCGCUUAUAGCCACCAAUAUGCUGCUGAACCAAGCGUAUGGCUUCAAAGCGCGCCAUGUCCUGGCACAUGUGGGAUUCUUGUUGCAGCGCGACAUUAUCGAGGAUAUGCAGAAGCGUUUCCAGCGCGAGGUGCAGCAGACGGCACAUCAACGCUUUCGCUCUGCUACAGACUUGCAGUUUGCUUUUGCUUAUUAUUCCUUUCUAAUGGGCGAGACGCGCAUUGUGAGCGUGCCGCAAAUCUUUGACGAGUUCGAUACGGACGGCUCGGGCACUUGGUCGGACCGUGAGGUGCGCACUUGCCUCACACGCAUCUAUCAGCCGCCGCUGGAUUGGUCUGCCAUGCGUUACUUCGAGCAGGUUAUCAACAAUUGCUCCAAAUAUAUGGAGCCCGCACCCAAAAUCGUGCAUUCCACGCUGGUCUAUGAACGCUAUGAGGACUCCAAUCUGCCCACCAUAAGCCGCGAGCUGGUUAGCACUUGUCCUCUGCUGGCGGAUGCAUUGCAUGCCAACUUUGCUGUGCGUCCACGUUAUCGCUACCAUGUCAGUCCCAAGCGCGCUGCUCACAGCAAUUUUAUGAUGCUCACCUCGAAUGUCACUGAAGUUGUAGAGUCGCUGGAUCGUCUGCGUCGCAAUCCGCGCAAGUUUAAUUGCAUCAAUGAUAACCUGGAGCCGCUGCAGAGCGAUGACAACGAUCAGCUGGUGCGUCAUCUGCUGGAGGAUUUCUAUCUGUCCUUCUUCCCGCGGCGCAGCAAGUUUGAGCUGCCGCCAGAGUUUCGCAAUCGAUACGUCAAUUGGAGCGAUUAUCAGCGCUGGCGUCGCCGUAAGCGCGCCGUGCUCGUUGUAGGCUACGGCGUUAGUUUGCUGCUCGUAGCUUUUCUACUGCGUUUGCUUUGCCUGCAUAAGGCCAAGCUGGUGCGUCGCUGUGUGCAGCGUCUCUAAAUGGUUGUUUAACUUAAUUAUUCCAUGUGAUAGGUUAACAUUUCCAUAUUGCGUAGUUAAAUUUAGUUUAAGGCUUACCGCAUGUUAAGCCAGCUAAGGAGGCUCAUAUAAAGUCUGGUCAUUAUGAUAUUAUAUUCGAU